AUGGUCCCGGUGCUGUCCGUGCAAGGGGGCGAACAACCGUUUGAUCGUUCGGUUGACCCUGCGGGCAUCAACGCAACCAUGGCUCUGCCACCUCUCUGUCCAUCCUUAGCUGCUGACCUGGCACCCAUAGGACCAGAGAUUGUGCGCGACCACCCCAACAAGACACUCCUCCUGCACCAGAAUGCAUACGUGGCGAAGGUGCAGCAGUUGUUCUUCAAGGGGGCGCCACCGAAGAAGCAGCUGAUCACUCCUCUCUCCUCUUCCAGCUUUGUCAUGGAGGAUGCUGAGCUGUUUGCCGAUAGCACCAUGACCGAUCGCCUUGCAGUGGCUGAGCCUGCUGCUGACGCUGGGGAGGAGGUGUGGCAGCGUUACUGGGCUGACCGCGUUGCCUACACACGGUGGAUCGCUCGCGACGCCACCUCCCAGUUUGCUAUCUGCACUCAUCUGUCUGACUUCACCACUGUAGCCGACCUCACAUCUCACCUGCGCUCCCUUGAGAACCCGCCCCACGACUAG